AUGCCUGAACAGAAGGCAGAGCCCGCACAAGCGACACACAGUGAAGGAGUCGAGAUGCAGGAUACUAGGUCCGCCACCUCUGAGCGCACGCAGAUACCAUCUGAGAACGAGCAACGCACUCUGGAGAACGCCGGGACGGAAUACCGCGAGAAGCAGCAGCUCGAUAGAUACUUAAGCUUCCUUGCAUCCCUUGCCUUUUCAGCAACACUCCUCGCGUCAUGGGAGACAACCGGAGCUGGACUUCUGGCUGGGCUAUAUAACGGUGGCCCGGUGGCAGUUGUAUACGGGCUGAUUGUGAGCAUCGUCGGGAAUUUGGCGAUUGCAAUGUCUUUGGCUGAGCUGGCGUCUGUGCACCCGACUGCUGGCGCACAGUACCACUGGACUUAUGUUCUCGCGCCAUGCUAUCCGCGCUUCUUGAGCUUUUUCCAAGGAUGGAUCACCGUAUGGUAUUCCCAGCGUAUAAACUAUCGCCACAGCUAA